UGUUUGGAAUUCCCCCAAACCUAGGCAAAUGGCAGAUACCUCCCGUGGAGGUAACGUAAGUUCAUAAGCCGCCCUCCCUGCUAGACGGGUACACGUUUUACUUCCUUUCCAGACACCUAACGAUAUUUGUUGCGCAGAUAAUGAAGUUUUUAAAUCCGAUAUCUGAUAUCCGAUAAAGCAUGAAAUUCCACAACGACGCCACAAUGCGCAGUACUACCUUUUGUGGAAGUGGUUUAAAGUGGACUUUUAAAAAACGGACACAGUUCAGUUUCGAAACGGCUUCUAACCGGUUCACACGUGGCUGUUUCUUCCAUUUCUCUUAAUAAUGUUGAAAGUUUGUACGAACGUUGUAGCGAUUGCUAACGUCCGACGUACGUUGCUGGUGGGAGCUGUACGCAAUGUGUCCACUAGCAAUGUGUUGUCCGGGGCGGCAGUACAGCCCAACGAUCAGCAUAAGGCAAAUCGAUCGUUUGUGAUGAAUUUGUUUAGUGGGAAACUACAAACGGCCGAACUAUUCCCAUAUCCGGAAGCGUUAAACGAAGAACAGAGAGAAUAUAUACAGGCGUUCGUCGAUCCUACGGUUAAGUUUUAUCAGGAAGUAAAUGAUGCUGCUAGAAAUGAUGCGACUGCAUCGGUGGAGAAGGCUGUAGUCGAUGCACUGUGGGAACAAGGAUUUCUUGGACCAUUCAUCCCGACAGAAUAUGGUGGGUUGGGUCUUUCCAACUCACAAUCCGUUCGUCUAUCGGAGAUCUCGGGAAGCUACGAUCUGGGCAUGUCCAUCUACGCCGGUGCACAUCAAACGAUCGGCACCAAGGGUAUAAUAAUGUACGGGAACAAGGAACAGAAGGAAAAAUAUCUUCCCCAGCUAAGUACCGGGCGUGUAUUCGGUGCAUUCGCCUUAACAGAACCCGGAACCGGAUCGGAUGCAGCCUCAGUCAAAACAAAAGCCGUCCUGAGUCCGUGCGGCAAAUACUACAUUCUGAACGGUGCCAAACUUUGGUGUUCCGGUGGUGGCAUCGCUAACAUCUUUACCACCUUCGCCCAAACGGAAGUCGUCGAUCCGAAGACGGGUGAAAAGAAGAGCAAAAUGAGUGCAUUUAUUGUGGAGCGUAGCUUUGACGGUGUUAGUACGGGUCCACCGGAGGAAAAGAUGGGCAUCAAAUGCUCGGUAACGACGGAAGUACUGUUCGACGAUGCGAAAGUGCCGGUAGAGAAUUUGUUGGGCGAGCCGGGCAAUGGAUUUAAGAUUGCGGUAAACAUUCUAAACUCCGGCCGCUUCGGGUUGGGUGCGAUGCUUUCGGGUACGAUGAAAACGUGCGUUGAAAAAGCGGCCGAACAUGUGACCAAUCGGGUACAAUUCAAGCGGAAGUUGAUCGAGUUUGAAAACGUUCAGGAAAAGCUUGCGAUGAUGGCAACCUACCACUAUGUGGCACAGAGUCUUACGUACAUGGUGGCUGGUAAUAUGGAUAAAGGUUCGGUGGAUUUUCAUCUGGAGGCGGCCGUUAGUAAGGUGUUCUGUACCGAGGCUGCUUGGUAUGUGUGUGACGAAGCCAUUCAGCUGUUGGGUGGAAAUGGGUUCAUGAAAUCGAGUGGCCUGGAACGGUUUCUACGGGACAUGCGAAUAUUCCGUAUCUUCGAAGGAGCAAACGAUGUUUUACGGAUGUUUAUCGCUUUGACGGGCAUUCAAAAGGCCGGUAAUGAUCUGCGUGGAUUGCAGAAAGCGCUAAAGAAUCCACUUGGAAACAUGGGAGUGAUCCUGGCGGAAGGAACAAAGCGUGCAGGACGCAGUGUUGGAAUCGGAGGCACAGAUUUACGUCCGUUUGUUGCUAGUGAGCUUCAGAAUGCAGCUAAGCAGUGUGCUGAGUCUAUGGACGCGUUCAGCCAAACCAUCGAAUCUCUGCUCAUGAAGCACGGCAAAGGUAUCGUUGAACGACAGUUUCAACUUGCUCGGGUAGCAGACAGUGCGAUCGACAUUUAUACCAUGGCCGCUGUACUAUCCCGUGCGUCCCGAUCCGCCAAAAAGGGUCUUCCAUCCGCCGGUCACGAGUUACUAAUGGCACAGAUUUGGUGCCAGGAAGCAAGCUCCCGUGUACAGCGCAAUAUCAACCGCAUUCAUUCGAGCACCUACAAGGAACACUAUCAACGGUUGGCACAGGUCGCUCGAAAUGUUUCGGAACGCCGCGGCCUACCGCACACUAAUCCGCUGGAGAUUGAUUAAACCGGUUUGAUUUCUUUUUUUGUAGAUAAAUGAUAAAUAUCUUAGCACAAGUACAUGAACCCAGCUCAAAAA